UUUGCUGAAGUGGACAGUCUCGACCCUCGGCGCUAUCCGUAGUUGUCGACAACAUUACGAUGGCCGCCUCCACUGGCAGCAGUAAAGGACCUGAACUCUCUAAAGCCGAGUACCUCAAACGGUAUUUAUCCGCUGACGGGGACGACAAGAAGUCGAAGGGGAAGCUCAAGAAGAAAAGGCGUAAAGUUCCAGAGAAAGGACUGAAAAUAGUAGACGAUGACAUAGACUGGAAACAGAUGGUCAAAGAGGAAGAGGAGGCGGAAGAGGACGAAGAGGAAGCUCCAGUGAUUGCGGAGGUGAUUGACGACAGACCGGAGGAGGUGAAACAGCUGGAAGCCUUCAGGACCAGCAAUAGAUGGAAAGUGAUUGGAGCUGAUGAUGAAGAAGACAAAGAAGAGGGAGAAGACGGAGAGCAUCCACCUCCUGAGCCUGCGGCGUCAAGCAGGAGUCGCCACGAUUCGCCAGAUGCAUCUCCACCCAGGAGAAGUCGCCACGACUCUCCAGAUGCAUCUCCACCCAGGAGAAGUCGCCACGACUCUCCAGACUUGUCGCAUCCUAGGAAAUCGGGGAAGGCACAAAGUAAAGAUUCAUCCCCCAGGAGAAAGCCUGGCUCAUCGUCAUCGAGUAAAAAACGCUCUGAUCCUCAUCGGUCACCACAGGCAAAGAGGGCUCAAAACAGGCAUGAUUCAGACUCUGACCAGUCACCUCCACGAAAAAAAACGCUGAAGGGAGAAGGCUCAGACUCCGACCAAUCUCCUCCGAGGAAAAUAGGACGAGGCUCUGAUUCUGAUCAGUCGCCACCCAGGAGGCGGGCGCGCACUGGAAAGGACUCAGAUGGAGAUCUGUCACCACCUCGUAGGCCUGGACAGGGUCCGAGGAUGCUUUCUGGAGGGACGGCAGGUCUAGUUUCUGUAGAUGUUUUAAGGAAAGAGCAGGAGGAGAACCGACGCAGAGAAAGAAACAACCAGCCACUAGAAGACCAAUCCCGCAAUGCCCAGACAAUAUUCCGAGACAAGAGCGGUAAAAGGAGGGAUUUGGAUUCAGAGAGAGAAGAGCAGAGGAAGAAAGCUGGAGAAAAAGCGGCAAAGGAUGAGAAAUACGCUCAGUGGGGCAGAGGGUUGGCCCAGAGCCAGAUGCAACAGCAGAAACUGGAGGAUGCAGUGCAUGAGGCCCAGAAGCCGCUGGCGCGUCACUGCGAUGACGAGGAUCUUGACCGCAUGUUGAGAGAACAGGAAAGGGAGGGAGAUCCGAUGGCCGCGAUGCUCCGGCGGAAAAAGGAUCGAACCACGAAGACAGCGAAACCUCAAUAUAAAGGCCCGCAGCCACCUCCAAACCGCUUCAAUCUUUUGCCAGGCUAUCGCUGGGAUGGAGUUGACAGGUCGAAUGGAUUUGAAAAGAAACGCUACAUGCGUAUGGCGGAUAAAAAAGCCGUCCAGGAGGCAGCCUAUAAAUGGAGCGUGGAGGACAUGUAAUAACAAGAAAGUACUGGACCAACUGCACAUUAGACACAUCAAAAUAGGCUGAGAAAGAUUCUGUUGACCUGUCCAAAACAGUUAGAUACUGUACAGAUACAUCAAACUCUAACAAACUGAUAACCUACAAACACAAGUGUACAUAGCAGUGACGUGACAGCAGCUUUAGGAUUUUGUAAUAAUUGAUUCAAAAUGGAUGUUUUUCACUGUUUUAUUAAAUAAUGGUUUUGUAAA